CUGAAGGAGCAGGUGAUGCUUCUGGAAGCCCAGUUGGAGAAACAGUCUGAGACGGAGGAGGAAAUGGCACAGUUGAAGAAGCUGCUGUCAGAGUCUCAGAGCCAGCUGGAGUCGGCCCAGACGCAGGCCCAGACGCAGGCCCAGACGCAGGCCCAGACGCAGGCCCAGACGCAGGCCCAGACACACAGGGAGGAGCUGGCUACGGUCAGAGGUCAGCUGAGUGAGGUGACGGAGCACGCUCAGAGCCAGAAGGCGGUCCCUGAGGCCGGGGCACAGAACGGACAAUCGGAGCCUGAG